UCUUCUUCUUCUUCUCGCUGCAGCCCGAAAUUUCCCCCCCUCCAAGCCGCCGGCACCAGCUUUGAAAAAUUGGUGAGAAAGCUUGGAAUUUCUCCUUCUUUUCUUGUCCAAGAACUUGAUUUGGAACCCAGAAAUUCUCCCCCCUGCUGGAAAAUCCGGAUCUGCCUUGCUCUGCUCCUCACCGCCGGAUGCUCCUGCUUUGUGGGUGUAAAUCCCCUUGAAUUUUCGAUUGCGUGAUUCUUCCCUGCAAUUGCCGCCGGCCUCUUCCCCCUGCAGCUCCGGUUUUAGCUGGAAAAUUAUGGUAUGUUGACAGCCUUUUAAGGCUUAAAUUGUCCAUUUAGUUUGCUGCCUUGUGUGUCCGUGAAUUGCUAGAAAAUUGGGGAUAAUUCCGGUAGCUUUAGGAUGAGAUUUAAGCAUUAAUUCAAGUGGGAUUUAUGUGAUUGAGUGUUAAUUGCCUGUUGUGAUUUUGGAGAGAAAACCCCGUGAUUAGUUAGUGUUUUGGCCAAUUUUUGGAAGUGCAGUUACUGUUCACGUCGUGGGCACUGUUCACCGACACUGUUUACCGGUUACUGUUCACACCCCGAGGGCCAACAAUUAACGGGGAUUUAAGUGAUUAGUUUGUGAUAUAAAAACGAAUUUGGAGAUAUUUGAUCAUGUGGAGAGUGAUAGAAAUAGCAUUGUGAUUAGGAAUGAUCCUAAUGAUGAUUUUAGCUUGAAUUUGUGAUAGUCCGGUAUUAAUUUUGAGAUGUUUUGAUUAGGUUCCCGAUCGUUCUGUCAGUUAGUGCGUGAAUUGAGUGCUCGGUUUUAUGCGAGUGAGGAAGUGAAACCGAGGACGGGGAACCACGGGAAGUGACGAGUUAGAAAGCUAGCCAUUUCGAGAUUGAUAUAAAUUUUAGAAGUAAAUCAUGAUCUUGUAAACCAGAGUGUAUUUGGAGAUUUAUGAUAUCAGAGAGAAUUUUAUAAUUUGAUCUUCAGAUUUUGAUGGUAUCAGAGUGUGAUAUGAUAAGUUCCGAGCCUUGUGCACUUGUGGGACCCGUCUCACGAGUGUACGGCGUCUGUUGCGCCUCGAAUUUGGGUCUUGGGGCGUGACAAUAUGAAAUGACCAAAAUGCCCUUAUUAUACUUUUUAAUAAUUAAUAAGUUUUUUU